AAACUGAAUGUGGCAGGGGGGGCGUGGUUUAGCGGAGUCUGCAGCGGGAGAGAGAGGGAGGAGACGCGCGGUGUCUGAGUGGAUUAGACACAAAUAUUAAACACCUGUCUCUUGUUUCAGUAAUUGGCGUGGAGAGAGUAUUUAACGCCAGGAGAAACAGGAGCCUGCGAGAGAGAGAAGGACUACUGGCUGUUCCCCCACUCCUGGAUGUCUGUUGGAUGGAGUGAAAGUCUGACGAUUAGGUUGAUUGUUUUGUGCCUGUUUGCACGCUGUUUUUGUGACUUUAUUAUUUUGGUGUCAAUAAAACAGCCAGUAGUCACCUGCCGACCCUGUCCUCUUUCCUCCUUACCUACGAACAUUGUUACACUGGUGCCGAAACCCGGGAGGAAAGAUGGAUGCCGCCGCCAUGCCCGAGUCCUCCGCCGCGCCAUUUGCGGAUCUGAUUACAUCCCUCGCGGUCAUGCAACAUGAUCAACAUCAGGCCCUGCUGGACUUACGUCAAGAUCAGGAGAGGCGGUUCCAGGCCGUCCUCCAAGCCCAGCAGGAAGACCGCGAGAGGUUCCGGAGCUGGAUGGACCGGGAGGUUCGGCCGGAAGCUAUGGAUCAACGUGCUGCGCCCGUCCAUAUUCCACUCAACAAGAUGGGGCCUGAGGACGACCCGGAGGCAUUCCUUGAUCUUUUUGAGACCUCGGCCGAGAUCUCUGGAUGGCCGCGGGACCAGUGGCCGAUGCGCCUGGUCCCCUUGCUCUCCGGGGAGUCCCAGGUCGCGGCGCAGCAGCUUCCGGUGCGGAGCCUCCUGGACUACAACGACCUCAAGAGGGCCAUCAUCCAGCGGGUCGGCCGGAGUCCGGAACAACAUCGCCAGCGCUUCCGCUCCCUGGAGCUGGGCGAGUCCGGCCGGCCCUUUGUGAUGGCCCAACAGCUCCGGGACUCCUGCCGCAAAUGGUUGCUGGCCGACGGAAGUGACGUGGAGGAGAUCAUCGACCGAGUGGUACUGGAGCAGUUUGUCACUCGGCUUCCGAGGAGAACCGCCGAGUGGGUCCAGUGCCACCGCCCCACGUCGCUGGAGUCGGCUAUCCAACUUGCGGAGGAUCAUAUGGUGGCGUGCCCCGGGGUCGGCGAACCCCUGCCAUCAGCCUCUCUCUCUCCCUCUUUUCCAUCUCCUUCUCUCUCUCGCCCUGUCCCUUUACCCAGGUCUCGUCCACCCGGCCCUCGAGUCCCGCCCCGGGGGCGGGGCGGGAAUGGUCACAUUCCCCAUUCAACUCCCAGAGUCCCGCCCAGGGGGACUGGCACCAGCCGGGGUGGACACGGCUCCUGUGUCUCCGCUCUCUCCACGCCAGCCGUCUGAUCCACUCUCCGCCACUGGAGCGGCGGGGAGGUCUGGGCCGGCCUGUUGGCGUUGCGGGGACCCGGGCCAUUUCGUGGACAGGUGUCCUGUAAUGGAGGUGGGAACAAUGGUCCGGGUCCCGGAUGCCCCGCAGGCUGCCCCCGGUCAAGCUGGGUGGUACCAAAUACCUUAAUUGGCGUGGAGAGAGUAUUUAACGCCAGGAGAAACAGGAGCCUGCGAGAGAGAGAAGGACUACUGGCUGUUCCCCCACUCCUGGAUGUCUGUUGGAUGGAGUGAAAGUCUGACGAUUAGGUUGAUUGUUUUGUGCCUGUUUGCACACUGUUUUUGUGACUUUAUUAUUUUGGUGUCAAUAAAACAGCCAGUAGUCACCUGCCGACCCUGUCCUCUUUCCUCCUUACCUACGAACAUU